AUGUUGAAUACUACAGAUCCUGGUAUCGAUGCUACUUCUCAAUUGUUGAAAGUACAAUCGGUUUUGCUUUCCAAACAAGUUGUGUUUAAAGAUUGGGGACUUUUCCUCAACAAUUGUUGCUUUGGAAUUGCGGUCCGCUUUUCAAAGAUGAACGUGCUCGUCCAAUGGACUGGACUGGACUAA